CAUGGUUCGGGUGACCAGAUAGGCAAUAUGCAGGAACAGUUAAACUCGGUGACGGAAUGGUCGAAAGGCGAAGACAUGAUUUUGAACAGUAAAAAGUGCAAAGAAAUUAUUAUAGACUUCAGAAAAAUGAAAACAGAUAUUCCUGAUCUACCAGCGGAACAGUCUCCAAUAAGUCGUGUCAGCUCCUACAAAUUACUUGGUGUGUGGAUCGAUAAUAAUCUGAAAUGGGAGACUAACACUUGGGCUUUGAUCAAAAAGGGCCGAAAAAGACUGUAGUUUUUAAAAAUCUUAAAGAAUUAUGGUGCCCUCACAAAGGACCUUUUGGCAUUUUAUAAUUCAAUACUGCUCAGGCCGGUUUUAGAAUAUGGUGAUGUUUUAUGGUCUGGGGGACUAACUGCUAAACAACGAUGCAAUAUUGAAAGGAUUCAAAAACGAGCAUUUCGUAUAAUAUAUCCAGGACAAGAUUACGAACAGGUAUUGAAAACGAACAAGUUGAUAACAUUGGAACAACGAAGAAAAGAGUAUUGUUUCAAGUUAAUAUCAGAUAUGACCGAAGAAGAUCACAAGCUUAAUCAUUUGCUUCCUCCAAAAAGAUCUGAGGUAACGGAAAGAAACACUAGAGGGAACAAAAAUUGUUUAUACAACUUUGUUAGUAGAACUAAUAGAUUUAAAAAUAGCCCGCUUUUACAUGCUAUAACAUUUUUAAUAGUAUGAACAACAAUUAGGAUAGUAAAUAAUUGUAAUUAAAUUUUUAAUAUAGUUGUAAACUACAUAGUAAUUUAACUUAUGUUAUAGUAUGUAGUUAUAAAUCCAAUAAUAAUAGUUUAGUCGAAACGUCGAAAUAAUAUUUUUAAAAUAGUAUCUAUUGUUUUGUAUUUUAUCAAAAAACUCGUGGUUCCCAUAAUAUGCCAUUGAAUUGUUGUUAUAUGGAAACGGUAUAAAUUUGUUAAAUAGAGGUCUCACUAUAGCGACUGUGUAGGUCGUAGCGCCUUGGUAGUCUUACAGCAAACGUUACACAUUUGGACACUAGCCAAAUAGACAUCGAAAUCCAUUCAAUAAUUUCUAAAACCGUUUAUAAACAUGGUGCUCUAGAUUUUUUUUAAAAAAUAGGUUAUCAUUGUUUAUAUAAAACACCAGGUAGGAAGGAGUGUUAACGUACAAAGUUGUUUGGGAUCAACAGUACAGAAUUAUAAGACACUUCACAACUGUUUGCUUUUCCUUUUUUGUCUGAACGAAUAACUGUAUGUUGAAGUCAAAAUAUUGCACAGCAUCUCAUAUAUAAUUCUAUAGCCAUUUAGGCUACCCUCGCCCUUGAAUGCAAAGGAAUGAUAGCUGAUAAGGCUUAGCAAAGUACUUUUUAUUAUAUCUGGCAUUUGAUCAUAUAUGAAUGUAAAUUUGCGCGAUAUAAGCAUUAAAUUAUUAUUAUUAAAUAAUGUAUAAAGUGUCCCUACGUUUAAUCACGAAUACAUAUUAAAUUCAUAAAUUGUAUCAUAGAAUUCUUUAAUGGUAUAUUUGUUGGUCAGCGGUCUGACCCGGAUGGUCAGGCGCGGUGGAAGAAAGGGACGGAUUAGAGUUUUGUUUAGCAAUAUAAAUAUACUUUUAUUCCUUUGUCUUUGGAUUACAUUUCUUUGUGUGUGGUCUACAACUUGGUGUCAAGGGUGAGAUUCACGAUGGCUUCGAAUGCGAAGCGUCCGGAGUUAAAUCUCAGCGGAAAUAUCGUCGAAAACUUUAAGAAUUUUGAAGUGCGAUUUGAUGACUAUUGUAUUCAGACAAAGUAUAGAGACAUUACAAAAGAUCCUGUGACUGAAAAAGAUACUUAUUAUAAACUACCAAUUCUAGAAAUAUCGGCGCUCUAAGGUCAGCUCUACGGGAAGAAGCUCUACAGGUGCUGAGAUAUACUAUCGAGCCCCAAAUAUCUAAAGUAGAGAAGAAGAAACCGUGGAUAUGGAUGGAAAGACUACGCCUCCAUUGCACAGGGACAAUUGGAAGCUCAUAUAUUGAUGGUCGAUAA